AUGCCGAAUUCAAGUCCGGCAAAGCGAACUCCCAGUCGGAAGUCGCGAAAUUCCGAAUCGCAAAAUCCUCAGGAAACGCCGGCAAGUGCAGAAGCUGUUCAACAGUCCAGCAGCCAAUCUCAAGGCAGUGAGCCCGAUGGCCCGUCGAUUAGGAGAUCGGCACGGCCGCCAAAACGAAAUACUCUGCUCCUAGAGGCGUUUGAAGAGGUAAAGUUGUUUAUUUUUGAUGUUUUUUAUGUUUUUAGAGAGGUGGAAAUGGUAUUUUUAGAACCGCCUUAAACUCCUGAAUCUAUUGAUAGCAAAAGUUUCCACCUUUCAAUGAAAAAUUUUCCACUAAUCGAGUUUUUUGCUGUGAUACCAUGUGCAAUAUAAAAACUGAGAAAAACUAUAUCCCUUUCGCUGAUUUGUGUUAAACAUGCAUUGUUUCAGGCCCAAACAUCGAGUAGUCGACAAAAACGACCACGUCAAGACUCAGCGAAUGAGACUGUAAGUUGCUUUAUUUAUACGUGGCAUUUCAAUUUUUAGGUGCCUCAGCCCGACUCGAAGUCAAAAGAAAACUCUCCAUUCAAAUCGCCAGCGAAGAAGCCUCGGACAUCAAACAAACGAUCAAGAUUAUCCGAAACAGAAGCACAAAAAGUUGUUGAUCAUGAGCAAAGUGUUGAUCAAGCGCCUGAAGUCCCAAAAUCCCCUCGAAGGAAGGCGGUUCAAAGUCAAGCAGCUCCAGCGAAGAUUCCGCAGAUACGGGUUGAGCCUGCGGAGAGUCAAGAACAGGAACAGCCGCCAGAUGUUCACCAUGAUCAUGUUGAGAGCCAAAAAGACCACGAGAACCGGCAAAAUCAAGAUGUGGGAGGUGAGUUUGAUAAAGGAGCCGCUCAUGUGCAAGAGGAGGUUGUCACCGUCUCCAUGGACGAUAUGCAGUAUGUGGAUGAGCAUGGGCAACCGGUGCAAAUCAAGGACGGAAUCAUUGUUGAGAAAGAUCAAGAAGGAUACGAAUAUGAGGUAAUUUUUUUGGAUAGCCUUCUCUUCUUAGUUAAGAUGGCUUCCUGAUGAAUGUGGCAAGGUUUUGAGGAAGAUUUCGCUUACUCUCCUUCGAUCAAUUCCCAUGGAUAACAUAAAGUUUAUGGCGAUUUCAGGUCAUUGAAGAAGCAGCCGAACCUCGGGCCGACUCUGAGAUCCAGGUCAGACGAACUCAUCAGGAGAGCAUGAGCACCAUGCUGGAGUCUCUUUUCUAUUCCAAACUCAACAUUUACGAACGGACCUUCACCACCUCCAAUGCCGAUGUGGCUAUAAAUAUUUGCACGCCCGACAUCACCGAUGGAUACAUGUUCUUUGACGAAAUUCAUGCUCUUGCUGGCCCAAGACUGAUUCGAGACUGCAAAAAUUACGUUGGAAUGCAAAAUGGGAGCUGCAGAGUGACGCGGAGCUACAAUGCGGGCAAUUAUAAGUGUAAGUAUUUUAGUUUUUUGAUUUUUUUGGAUUUUAGGUCUUAUUAUUUCUGGAUAUGGCGUUUAUACUCAAUAUUUAUCAGUUUUUAUGUCAAAAUUCCACCAAAGUUAUAUUGUUUUAGGCAUAAUUCACACGGCUUUACCACAUUUGCCUACUACAACUCGAAUCGUUGAUGUGGAAAUUGCACAGCUGGCUAUAAAACGAUGUCUGAACGAAGCUGUCGCCAGAGGCGCUCAAACUAUUGUAAGAUUUUGAGAUUUUUUGAAAAAUUUUUGUGUUUUAUGGUGUAUAAAUGAAUUUUCAGGCAUUCCCAUCCUUUUUCCCCUGCUUUUCGCCUCUAGUCAGCGCCGAAUUCCUCCUCAAAGUGAUCUCCAAUUGGAUGUAUUUGACCGACCAGAAGGGACAGGUAAAUUUCGUUGAAAUUUUUGGUUGAAUUUUUAGACAAAUUUAAAACACGAUUUCUGAGUGAGUGUAGCAGCCCUUGACAUAGAAAAAUUCGAUCUCGGGUUUUUUGCUUCAAUGUAACCGUACCCGUCCUAAAAAGCUUGUGGCAAAACAUUUUUGCUCAUUUCGGCCGUUAACACAGUUAUUUUUACAAUUUAUUAGUUAUACAGUAAUCCUCCAUAAAUCUGUAACGAACUCACAGAAAUUCAUGGAAUCGUGAGUGCUUAUGUUUUCGCACUCGUAGAUUUCAAAACAAGUGGUUUUGACUCAUUCGGAUUACUGUAACAUACCAAACUGCUGGUUCGACCGCAUAAAAUCGGCCAUGAAAAGUUUGUUUCUGAAAACCCGCAGCUGAAUUUUACAUAUGUUAAUCAGCAUAAAAUUCUGAUAUAUAAACGUUAAAAAAAAGUGCAAAAAGUGGUGCGGCAUUUUUCAUGGUGUAGUGGUUUUUGGUCAGAACUAGUAAUCUGACGUCCCGGGUUCGAAUCCGCCUGGAUGCAAAUACCAAAAAUUAGACGCAAAUCACCUUUAAUGUAGUCUUGAGGUCUGUAUGAGGGAGACUGAGUAAUUUUAGACCUAUAUCAUAUCUCUAUUUAAGGUAAAAAUGGAUUUUAUAUAAUUUUUAGAAGAUGAAUACGUGAAAAAUAAAACGUCUUCAAAUCGUUUGAAAUUGAUAACACAUAUUCUAGGGAUAAUUAUAAGAAACUUUUCUGUUGGCUUUUUUUGAUAGGUUACUGUGUCAUGGAUUACUGUAACAAAAACCCCAAUUUAAUUUUUCAUAUACCACAGAGCGCAGAGGCAUCGGACUAUCACUUUUAUGAUAUAGGAAUGGUUGAGAACGAGUUGGUUGGCACACUAAAAUUUUUUCAUGGCCGUAGGAUUCGAAAGACCUGAGAAAGAUCUGGCAAUUUCACCAAUCGACGAUGAUACGAAUACACACUGGAAAAGAGAUGGAAUUUUAUUUUAAAUAUGUUUCAUCUAUGAAUUCAACCGUUCAAAGAAGCUAACCAAAAAAAAAUCAAAAUUUCAUAGAAGAAUUUAGAAGAAAACAACAGUUAAGAAAAAAAAGUUUUAUGUUACAGUAAUCCACGAUACAGCAACCUAUCAAAAAAAGCUAACAGAAAAGUUUCUUAUAAUUAUUCCUAGACUCUGUGUUGUCAAUUUCAAACGAUUUGAAGACGUUUUAUUUUUCACGUAUUCAUCAUCUAAAAAUUAUAUAAAAUCCAUUUUUACCUUAAAUAGAGAUAUGAUAUAGGUCUAAAAUUACUCAGUCUCCCUCAUACAGACCUCAAGACUACAUUAAAGGUGAUUUGCGUCUAAUUUGUGGUAUUUGCAUCCAGGCGGAUUCGAACCCGGGACGUCAGAUUACUAGUUCUGACCAAAAACCACUACACCAUGAAAAAUGCCGCACCUCUUUUUGCACUUUUUUUUAACGUUUAUAUAUCAGAAUUUUAUGCUGAUUAACAUAUGUAAAAUUCAGCUGCGGGUUUUCAGAAACAAACUUUUUAUGGCCGAUUUUAUGCGGUCGAACCAACAGUUUGGUAUGUUACAGUAAUCCGAAUGGGCCAAAACCACUUUUUUUGAAGUUUACGAGUGCGAAAACAUAAGCACUCACAAUUCCAUGAAUUUCUGUGAGUUCGUUACAGAUUUAUGGAGGAUUACUGUAUAACUAAUAAAUUGUAAAAAUAACUGUGUUAACGGCCGAAAUGGUCAAAAAUGUUUUGCCACAAGCUUUUUAGGACGGGUACGGUUACAUUGAAGCAAAAAACCCGAGAUCGAAUUUUUCUAUGUCACGGCCUAACUGGCGGCUGCUUCACUGACUCAGAAAUCGUGUUUUAAGCGAUAAAUCAAGUUGUAAAUCGUCCGUUUCAGCUCUCCAAACUCCGCGAAGUCCAAAUUCUGUGCCACUCACCGAUGGUUUAUCGGAUUUUCAAGGGAAUGAUCAACAAAUUGUACGCGGACUUGAUGGAGAUUGCCGCAAAACACGGAGUCGAAAACACCACCCUCUUUGAUGUUUAUGGAGUCGUUUUCAAACGGAAUAAGACCUAUCACAGCCCAACGAGAUAUGAUUCCUACCCAAGAGCGCAUCCGAUUAUGAAUGAAAUGGAAAUUUACUAUAAUAACCAGUACGAGGAGGAGUAUUUACCGGACCGACAGCGGAGAAGAAGGAGGAAUAGAGGCGACGAAUUGGAGGUACCACCCCCCGAACAGCAGGUACGAUAGGUCUUGGGAUGACGGAGAGGGAUUUGGGAUUAGUAUUUUUAUAUCAGUCUGUCGGGAAAAUAACGGCGGAUCGUCGCGCCUCGGAAUCGCACAUCAUCGCUUUGCGACGGCUGCCGAAGCUGGAGAUUUCAUGCGCGACGGCACAUUUUUCCGACGAAGCGAAAAAUUUUGCUGCGACGAUCCGCCGUUAUUUUCCCGACAGACCGAUAAAGUGCGUAGAGAUUUUUUCGCUUUCGCACAGUGCAUUUUGUAUUUUUUCCCACGCUUGUCCCCAACGCACAGUGCAUUUUGUUUUCCUCUUUGCGCACCGUGCAAACCUCAAAAAAUCCGGUUGCACUGUGCAGAUUUUUGAGCAAAGCAGCGGCGACGCAAUUGGAAAAAGCUUGUGUCGCCGCGAUAUUUCAAAUGCACGGUGCAAAACCAAAAAAAAAAAGUGAGUGCACGGUGCAAGAACUCGCGAAUUUUUGUGCACAGUGCGGGCCGCUAUUUUCAUAAAGUGACUGGAAAUUUUUUCGCUUUUGCACAGUGCAUUUUGUAUUUUUUCCCACGCUUGUCGCCAACGCACAGUGCGUGUUUGUUUUUCUCUUUGCGCACCGUGCAAACCUCAAAAAAAUCCGUUUGCACUGUGCAGAUUUUUGAGCAAACCAGCGACGUCGCAGUUGGAGAAAGCUUGUGUCGCGGCGGUAUUUCGUCACACAGUGCAAGAAACAAAAAAGGUGAGAUGCAGAAUUCCAUCGAUUACGACCCAAACUGUGGUAAAGCGAACCCGUGAUGAAAAUUUUUUGAAUUUUUUCGGAAAAAACUUGGUUUAGGGGUAUUCGAGGCUUCUGAGUUCGAAAAUCAUGUUUAGUUUUUCUCUUUAUACAGGGUCUUACAAAAAACGUGAAGGAAAGUGGAAGGCUAUAACUUCGGGCGGAAGCGGCGCAGAGACUGCGUAUGUGAAAUAUGUAUUUUCAAAAGACAUAAGUUUUUGUCCACGAAAUAACAAGCUCUUAAAGUCCAAACUGAGGUUGCUACGACCUUCUGAAGUGGAGGCAUCUCUACCCCGAAAACCAGGUUUUUUCGGUUGAAAUGAUCGAGAAAUUUCGGACUUUUUCGGUUGAAAAUCACCAGGAAAUGUCGGAUUUUUUGGGGGUUUGUUGAUACAGUCUUUAAGAAAACGUCGAAAAAAUUUCAAGUGUUGGCACUUUCCUCCUCUUUUUCAACAUCACCCAUAUCGAAACCCCUCACAAGAUCCGACAUUUCCUGGUGAUUUUCAACCGAAAACGUCCGAAAUUUCUCAAUCAUUUUCAACCGAAAAAACCUGGUUUUCGGGGUAGAGAUGCCUCUACUUCAGAAGGUCGUAGCGACCUCAGUUUGCACUUUAAGAGCUUGUUAUUUCGUGGACAAAAACUUAUGUCUUUUAAAAAUACAUAUUUCAAAUACGAAGUCUCUGCGCUUCCGCCCGAAGUUAUAGCCUUCCACUUUCCUUCACGUUUUUUGUAAGACCCUGUAGUACUGUUUAGUACUAGGUGAAAAUGUUGCCUUUACAGAUAAAUGAAAAUCCCUAAACCAAGUUUUUUCCGAAACAAAAUUUGAAAUUUUCACCGCUGGGUCGCUUUACAAAAUGGCGUUACCCUAUUUAGGAUUGCAAUCGAUGGAAUUCUGCAUCUCACCUUUUUUUGGUCCUUGCACUGUGCGGCGAAAUAUCGCCGCGACACAAGCUUUUUCCAACUGCGUCGCCGCUGCUUUGCUCAAAAAUCUGCACAGUGCAAACGGAUUUUUUGAGGUUUGCACGGUGCGAAAAGAGAAAAACAAAAAUGCACUGUGCGUUGGCGACAUGCGUGGGGAAAAUUGCAAAAUGCACUGUGCAAAAGCGAAAAAAUUUCCACGCACUUUAUGAAAAAGCUAAUAUCAAAUCUUUUACUUUUGGCGACGCUUUGGAGAAAUUAUAUUGUUUUAGAUAUAUUCUUUUUAUUUUUUUUGCAAAAAUUUUUGCUUUCCAGGUCCGACUUGAGCUCUCGGCCAAACUUCAGCCCUCCGUGCUGGUUCUGGACGACAAGGAUGGCCUAAAACGACAGUAUCGCUUGACCAACAAGUCAAAAGAUGGACGAAAACUCUACUUCCGUUGCUCGUUCUGCGACACGCUGAUUCGAAAGACGAACAUCAGAAUCCGAGCGAAGAUCACGCUGCAGGACGGACGAAUCAUGGGCGACCAGUUCCCCAAACAUCAUCCGGAUUGCAAGGCAAAGAGCCCCGAAGAGCUGGCCGUACAACAAAUUGACCGAAAAUCGAGAAGAGAGGUGAAAGAGGGCAUCCUGCAACCCCGCGAAGCAUACGAAAAGGCCAGACAGAGGGCCAUGCAGUAUCAUCAUGAGCGAAGUUCAUUGCAAGACUCCUCAAUGGAGAUGGAGGAACCCCUGACGAACCAGGUCCAACCCAAAAUGGAACACAUCGAUUAUCACGAGCUCCCCAACUUCCCGGAAUGGCAGAGAAUCCGACAGCAAUACUUUAGAAUGCGGAAGGUCGGCGAAAUCCAGAAGCACAACCAAAUGCAGGUCCGAACGGACGCCCUCAGGCAAGCGACGUUCAUCGAAAACGACGAUGAUGAGACGAUGCUGGUGGAAGUCGAUGAUCCGGAUGCAGUGCAGGGAGAGGGAUUGGGUAAGGAUUUUGUAGUGCAAGGAGAGUUCGGUUUGGGUUAAUUUGAGGAAUUUUGGGGAAAAUUUUGGAUUUUUUUAGAGUUGGUGCUUGAAAAGUGAGGGUCUUUUCAAACACACGGAAUUUCCCACACAUUAACCCCAAAAACUUUAGCUUGCGGUUUACACCCGCAGCGGAAUUAUUAAUCAAAAUUUUUUCCGAGAGAGCACGGAAAAUGAGGGCUUCGCGGAAAUUGGACUGUUUUUUGGGAUUCCUUGAAAAAUGAUUCUUUAUACAAUCCUUCGAAUGUCUUCAAAUUUUGCCCAAAUACUCUAAAUAUUUCACAAAUUAAUCCCAAAAAAUUUUAGCUCGCGUUUACACCCGCAUCGGAAAUUUUAAUCAAAAUUUUUUUCCGAGAAAGCACGAAAAAUGAGGGCUUCAUGGAAAUUAGACGGUUUUUUUUGAGAUUUCUUGAAAAAUGAGCCUGUUACAGUCGCACGCCACGAAAAAAGUGGAAAUAGAGAAAUUCGCGGGAAAAUGUUUUCGACAUUUCAUACGCUGAAACCGUUACAAAUAAAUAAUAAAAAUCUUUCCAAAAUUCUAAUAAACAACAAUUUACGUGUGAAACCGGCGAGAAAGCAUCGAAAGGAUUCUAGGAGGUGCACCCCGAACUUCUCAGAUUGAUCGAAGAAGAGAAAAGAAAUUAUAUUGUACUAGGCACAAAUGGAUCAAAAUCGAUGAAUCUGACCGAAUUCGAGCUCUUCCGGGGUUUACAAGACUAAUAGGGCUUUGAUCUUGCUACAACAGACCACUACUAAAUUGAAAUUCAUCAAAUCUUCUUUAAUUCCACCUAAACAUCAAACCAAUAAGAAUAAUCAAAAUUACAUAAAUUUUUGACAAUCCAUCGCAUUUGUCGGAUGCAAUCUGAACUCGGAAAUCAAUCUCCACACCCUUUGGUACAUUAUGCUGGCUUUCACAUUCUACUUCAACAUGGACCGGCUGAAAUAUCAAUUAUAUUAUUUUAGGUAUAACCAGAGAAAAUUAUUAGCUCAACGGCCUAGAAAAACAAAAAAAUCAAAAAGACAACGUCACAAACUUACCUUGAAAUCUUCUGAACGUCGUCUGCUUCCUCUGAUCCAGCUUUGCUCACGCCUUAUCUUCGCGUUUCUCUAUCAGUUCCUGCAAAAUGAUGCAAUAAUCGAUUGACAAGUGCCCUUUUGCUAUUGUCAAAUUUCCAGAUUUCUUCUUCAUAACGUCCGCUAGGAUGUCUCACACAACACCACAUGGCGAUUAAUCCCUAAAACUCAGGACAAAAGAGAAAUCUUACAUUUUCUGAAGACACCUCCAUGGAUGGUAAAUCAAUGUUUGGGUCAUAGGGCGACGGGCCGGGCUCCAUGGACUCAUCCAUUACAUUCAAUACGAUCUUCCUCCUGCUCUCCGCUAAUUUUAUCCUCAUUUGCUUCUUCUGGUCCAGCUUUUCUCGCGCUUUCUCCAGUCCGUUCUUGCGUGUCUCCAUCUGAUCCUGCAAAAUGAUGCAAUAAUCGAUUGACAAGUGCCCUUUUUCAACUGUCAAAUUUCCUGAUUUCUUCGUUACAACGUCCGCUAGAAUGUCUCACACAACACCACAUGGCGGUUCAUCCCUAAAACUCAGGACCAAAGAGAAAUCUUACAUUUUCUGGACCCACAUCAAUAGGUGGAGAAUCAGUUUUUGCGUCACAGCGCGAUGGGUCGGGCUCCAUGGACUCAUCAGUUAUAUUCAAAACUUGAAACUGACAACAACGUAAUUUUUGACAUACUAUUCAUCCCUAAAUUAUUCCAAAUCUCAAAGUUACAAUACUAUCUAGCAAAAUAUUCAUUCGUUCAAAAAAAUUAAAAAUAUUGGGCGCAGCUCGAAAUCUCUAUUUCCAAUUUUGCCUUACGUUUUUCGUGGCGUGCAGUCGAGGAGUGUUCUAUUUUUUAAUAAAAACGGUUUUAUUCCGAGGGAAAUUCAGGAAGAUACAGCUGUAAAACGUUGUUUUUAUCUGCCUACUCUCCUCAUUUUGGCUUCAUGGAAAUUGGACAGAGGGAAACUCGGCAGAAAUCAAUUGGACAGAUUUUUUCACUGCAAAAAAUAAUUGAAUAGUCACAUUUCAUACGAUUGCAGUGAAAAAACCUGUCCAAUUUAUUUCUGUCGACUUUCACUCUGUUCAAUUUCCAUGAAGCCAAAAUGAGAAGAGUCGGCAGAUAAAAACAACGUUUUACGGCUGUAUCUUCCUGAAUUUCCCUCGGAAUAAUAUCGUUUUUUAUUAAAAAAUGGAACACUCCUUGUCUGUAACAGACUCAUUUUCAAGAAAUCUCAAAAAAACCUGUCCAAUUUCCAUGAAGCCCUCGUUUUCCGUGCUCUCUCGGAAAAAAUUUUGAUUAAAAUUUCCUAUGCUGGUGUAAAACGUGAGCUAAAAUUUUUUGAGAUUACUUUGUGAAAUAUUUAGAGUAUUUGGGCAAAAUUUGAAGGGAAUCGAAGGGUUAUAUUGUACAUGUGAUACUUAAAAUUAUUUUUGAAAAAAAAAAAAUUUUUUGCUUUUUUUUCAAUUUUAUCCAUGAUUUUAGUGGAUGUGGAGAUGCCCGAACCCCGCCGAGCCCCCCGAAUCCUCGUCCAUCAUCGCGAACAGCCCCCACAGCCCGCGGAAUAA